GGACUUUAGGCUAGGCUACCGAGUGAAGCGUGUCACAAUUGCGGCGAGUGCGUGUGAGUGCGCGCGCGGGACGAUAGGAUGAUGGACGCGUGCCAGGAUUGUUUAUCGCUUCCCGCUGCCGUUGUCAUCGCCGACAUCGAAGGUGGUGCUCUGUAACGAUUAGUAGCAGUGCGUCGCGCAACUGGUGGACAACAAGAUGCACGCUUUCGCGGACGAACGUACGCGGCGCCGGGUCUGGAACUGAUACAAGUACGCGCUCUGCGCUGCGCCGUGCCGUGUCGCGAUACCACCUCGUACAUAUCAGUGUAUUGAGCCAAAAUGGCAGCCACGUUAACCGUCGAGCAGGAGCAAGCUACAAAGGAAUUUAUAGAAGCUGUGAAUAAGUGCAGAGCUGGAAGACGAGCUGGGCCAGUGUCCUGGAGCACAGCGUUAAAAUUUUUAGCGGCACGAAAGUUUGAAGUUCAACGAGCUUUAGCUCUGUAUGAGCAGCACGAAGCUAUUAGAAGAAGAGAGGGAUUGGCAAUCUUGCAUCCUACUCAGGAACCUUUACUCAGUGAACUACGCACAGAAAAAUUUACCGUUUUGCCAUCUAGAGAUGCAACAGGUGCAGCGAUAGCUAUUUUUACCGCACAUUUACAUCUUCCACAAAACACUACACAUCAAACAACUCUACAAGGUGUUGUUUAUCAAUUAGAUGCUGCUCUAGAAAGUGCAGAAACACAGAAGCAUGGUCUAAUUUUUAUUUAUGAUAUGUCUGACAGCAAGUAUCAGAAUUUUGACUAUGACUUAUCCCAGAAAAUUUUAACACUUUUGAAGGGUGGUUAUCCAGCAAAACUAAAAAAGGUCUUGAUCGUAACGGCACCGUUGUGGUUCAAAGCGCCCUUCAAGAUCCUCCGAUUAUUCGUUCGCGAAAAAUUGAGGGACCGAGUCUUUACAGUAUCCAUUCCUCAAUUGACAUUGCAUAUCCCACGAGAAUCAUUACCACAUCGUUUAGGCGGCACGUUGGAGAUACAGCAUGAAGCAUGGCUGCUUCAUUGUCUUAAAUCCAUGACUAACCGAGGCGGGGGUGAACUUUGUGAGGUCGCCCCAAGAGUAGAUACACCCACGUCGCCCACAACAAAGGAAGAUAUGGUUCAUCAAAAUCUCAGUGAAACUGCAACGCACAGUACUCCGGCUAGUCCUAUAAUUGAUAAAAACAAACAGAUGAAAAAUGGUGUGUCGAAUAUUGCCGACAUCGAAAUCACCACCGCAAAUAGUGAGAUAGUUUGGUCGGGAACGGAUGAGGCACCAUCCCCGGUUCAGGCUCCGUCCUCUGCUAGUUCCGGUUUUAGCGACGAUGAUAGCCUUCAUGGCGAGCCUUCUGGAUUUCAGAGUUUCACUAUGGAACAACUUGUAGCAGAUCUAAAAGCACGAGGACGUGCUGGCCUCAUAGCGGAAUAUGCGGAAAUUAGGCAGAGACCACCGGAUGGUUCAUUUAAUAAUGCAAAGCUAAAAUCUAACCAAUCAAAGAAUCGUUAUACCGAUGUGCUUUGCUAUGAUCAUAGCAGAGUCUGCCUUUCGCAAGUGGACGGGGAUGCAACAUCCGAUUAUAUAAACGCAAAUUUCGUCGAUGGUUACAAACAAAAGAAUGCGUUUAUUAGUACUCAGGGUCCUCUCCCAAAAACUUGCGGUGAUUUCUGGAGGAUGGUUUGGGAACAACAAACACUGGUCAUUGUCAUGACUACAAGAGUGGUAGAGAGAGGGCGUACAAAGUGUACACAGUACUGGAAUCCAGAACCAGGUUAUGAUGUACAAGUGGGUGGCUUUACAAUAACCACUCUUGAAGUUGAUAAAAAUCGAGAUUACACAAUAUCCAUGCUUCUUAUCACAAACACAAAGACUGAUGAAACGAGAGAGGUUUGUCAUAUGCUGUACACAGCAUGGCCAGAUUAUGGUGUUCCUAAGUCUGCUUCAGCUUUAUUACAGUUCUUAUCUUUAGUAAGACAGCAACAAAGCAAAUUACUCGCUAGCAGAGGAGAUACAUGGGCCGGACAUCCUCGAGGACCACCUAUAGUUGUACAUUGUAGUGCAGGCAUUGGAAGAACAGGUACGUUUUGCACCUUAGACAUUUGCAUAUCGCGACUUGAGGACACUGGAACUGUGGAUAUACGAGGAACUGUUGAGAAAAUCAGAGCACAGAGGGCCUAUAGUAUUCAAAUGCCAGACCAGUACUUUUUUUGCCAUGUUGCACUAGUGGAAUAUGCGUGUUCUAAAGGACUGCUUAGCGUACAAAAUGUCUCUGUACUCUCUCCAUCAAUUGAAGAGGAUUCCGAUUAAGAAAAUAACAGUUCUGCUAUUAUAUACCGGAUUGAUGUUCUUCCCAAGUAUGCGUAUAUAUGGUAUCCUUAAAAUAGCCUAUUUCUAUCUUAUAAACGACUGAAAGUUAUUUUUCGCUAUUUCCAUCAAUGUAAUGAUUCAAUUUCUUGUUGUUACAUCUCACACUUUUACAAAAUUGGAUGUAAUUUUUAUUGUUUCAAAGUCAGAUAUAAAUGAGCAAGAAACUUCAGCUUCCUAUUUCUUUUAUCGAGUUCUGAUGAAUGCUAUAUAAUUCUAUACAAAGGUGCGUCAAUAUGCACUAAUCACAAAAAUAAGUAUUUUAUUAGUAAAAUAAGAAUCUGGCAUGCAACAAUUCUAUGUAUCGUAUCUUGACUCUCUCAAAUGUAAAUUUUAUUAUGUAACAUAAAGUUACAGUAUAAUUAAUCCUUCAAGAUUUAUUUGGAUUUACAAAAUUAAAUUGAAUUUUUAAUAGGACAAUUAGAAGCAUAAUCAUAGUAAGCAUAUCCAUAAUUGUCACCCAGAUUUAGUAUCUUAAUUUAAUAAAC